ACGAGACCAUCGCAAACAUGGUCCGUAAACUGAAGCAUCACGAGUCCAAGCUCCUGCGCAAAGUUGACUUCAUCAACUACAAAUCCGACGACAACCAUCGCCAGGCCGAAAUUGUGCGACGAUAUUCCAUCAGCAAACCUGCCGACUACACCAGCUACAACCGAUUAUGCGGCAAGCUUAGACAUCUCGCCCAUCGAGUCGCCCUUCUACCACCGGAUUCACUCUUCAGGCGGAAGCAAGAGGAUCUACUGCUCGAGAAGCUGCAUGAUAUGGGACUGCUGGGAGUCGGUGGCAGCGGCACAGGAAAGCUCUCUGAUGUUGAGCGUAAGAUUACCGUGUCGGCCUUUUGUCGACGACGACUAGGAGUGGUGAUGACGAGGUUGCGAAUGGCGGAAACUGUCAGCGCGGCCAACAAGUUCAUCGAGCAAGGACACGUACGAGUUGGGACCGAAGUCAUCACGGAUUCCGCAUUUCUUGUCACAAGAAACAUGGAAGAUUUCGUCACCUGGGUCGACUCCUCGAAGAUCAAGAGGAACAUCAUGAAGUAUCGAGACAAGCUUGAUGACUUUGACCUACUCUAGGCGUGCACGUCGAGCUGCAUCCGCUUCUCAGGCCAGACGGGAUGCUCACCAGGCUUUACGGUCAGCACGGCAUAUAAUCGCCGUUGUACGGAGACGCCCUCUGUCCUGCUGGUCAUAUGGUGCACUAUCCGAUCACUGUGUCACAACUUUGUAACCUCAGCAUUGGAAGGAUUCGGAAAAGUCCGUGCGCUUUGCCCAUGCAAGCUCACAUAUAUGGGGUUCUUCGCACACCCCGCCUCCUUCUUCCCUUCUUCUACCUCUUCUCCGUCUCCUUUUUGGCUGGAUCCUCACAUCACUGCUAGACACCAUCAGGCAUCUCCGAAACAGGACUCACUUGGACAGUUCCUCAUCCGGUCAUAGGCUGACUAAUUACACCAGUACUGCUGGCUUGUUGGCUUGUGUCUCGAAGAUCAGAUAGCCAUGACGGGACAGCAGAGUAUGUCAUCCUCAUCUCAACCUCGCGCGAAGAGUUUACGGGGCAAUCAAAAAGCUCUUAGUAAGUCUUCCUUGGUCUCGGUUGCUUCGCCGCCACCGCCAAAGCUGUAUCACACUCAAUGGCUUCCCAUCGAUGACAGCAUGCGAGGGAAUCAGGACCUGGUGAAGGAUGGCGUGUCAAUGCCGUUCUUUCAAGAUCUCAAAGAUCUUGAUCAGUUGCGACGAGCGUCACAGGAGUUACCUGAAUAUGACAGACUCGAAGUAAGUACCGACUGCCGUUCUCGCUUACCUACGUGUCUCACUGCGGCCGCUUUCAGGAUGCGCUCCUACAAAUGCGACAAGGUCAAGCUGCUCCGUCAAAACCAAGACAUCAACAUACAAGACAUAGACAAUCAAACAUAACACCAGUUCACUGUCCCAAGACAUCAUGCUCACGUGACAGUCGACCUAGCGAUAUGGUCACCGAGCCGAACGGAUCGACUUGGAUCUGCCGUACAUAUCUACAUAGCGGACAGGCCGCGACGCGCUGUGAACACCGUGGAACAGGCCUGAAUCAAUUGAUCGAAGUGAAGGGAUCUGAUAUGUCGGCAUCUCUCUCCGCGUACUGCCGCCCUGUCAUAUCGGAUUCUAGUAUGACUUCCUCGGACGAGCAAUCGCCGGAAGAAGACACCUCACCUCGACAGAACUGGCUUAUAGGUGAGGAGGGGAGAAACGUCAGGGCCACAGUACCCCAGCCCAAUGAGAUGGGACGUGUGCGGGAUGACCCGGCAUGGCACACAAGAGUCGCACGAAAGGAUGUCACCUGGCAACGGAGUCGACCAUCUAAGAGCAAGGCAAUGUUGGAGGCUAUGAGGGUUUCAGAGCCAGAAGCAACGGAGUCGCUUCCCCCAUGCGAGUGGUCAGAUUACCCGAAUGCCAGAGAUCCACCAGCCCCCUCAUGCUUCCAGCACUGUCCCAGCUACACAGAGGCCCCAGGAACUACGCGACACAAUGUUGCAGAAUCAAACCCACCUGAGAUUCAACAAAAUCCCCGCCCUCUAUGGCAAUAUCAGCACGUAUUCACUUCAAAUCGCCCAACGCAGAGCGAGUUGGUCGACUACCCUUUCGCCUCCACCAGAGGCAAUUUUGCGGAUACAGCUCACUUGCCGCUCGUACCAUUCGAAGAUCCACGUCUAUCUGAUCCGCAGCCCAAGCACUUGGCUACGGACUAUGAUGUCGACUCUGGAAGUUUGAUCAGUAAGGUCUUCUUGACUGCUUUACCUUUUGGAAGCAUGAUUGAGACGGCAAAUCUCUACUCUGAUGAGAAAUGCGAUAUUUGUCAAGAGUAUGCAAUGGGAGAAAGAGGAACGAAGUGUGAUGUGCAUGGAGCUGAGGCUGGCACACAGUACAAGUCACAUGCCAGACUGUACUGAGUUUUCGGACAAUUGGAAAGAGUGAAGGAGAGUGGCGAACAUGCUGGGGUGAGCAUGGACACAUGAAGCUCCAGAUGUUUUGUAGUAUUUCUGGAUCUGAGGUACGUCGCCUGAUCUAACACGAACGGAGACUCUUGUACUGCUGCUUGUAGCGUUGUCGUGUUGAGAAUGUGCAACGGACGACAAGGAGAGCCAUCAUAAAUCCCCAGCGCAUCUCAUGCCAUGAUCUCCGUGGAAUUACAGACGCUUCAAUCCUGCGGCCUCGAUUGUACGCCAGAUAUAGACAAACUUAUCACUGUCACUCCGAAAAGUCGGGAAAGUUUGCGCUUCAUUCGUGGGUUAUGCUUUUUCAGCUCUUUCGAGAGUUCAGGGGCGUUUUCCCAUGGGCGUUAGAGUGAAUAAGUUGUUGUUGCACGCCACGCCAAGUCCAGCAGCCUUCUGCAAGUAGGUUCAUCUGCGAGCCGCUGAUUUGGAUACAGAGUGCUACAGUUGUAUGGGUA